AUGGCAUUACAUAUUGAUAGAGUUGCUUUUGUAAAUCCACAAUCUAAAUGUAGAAUUAGAUGUUUAAAUGGUGGUGUAUGUGCAUACAAAAUUAAAUCUCCAAGAGAACAUAUUUGUAUAUGUAUGGAAGGAUACUUUGAAGGAACUUAUUGUGAAAAAAAUAUCAAAUCUUCAGAUACUUUUAAAGAUCAAUCUGAUAUUUUGUCUACUACUAUAUCUUCUUCAUCUAUUACUAAGUCACAUGAAUAUACAAUUCCUAAAAACGAAGAAGGAGGAAAUGAGUCUGUUGAAGAAAAUGAAUGGAAUGCAAAUGGAAAUUUGGAAGAAAAUAUCAAUAAACAAGAAAAUGAAAUUAAUUACCUUCAACAACAAUACCAAUCAAAUAAUAAUGACGACAUCACAAGACAUCAACAAGAAAAUGGAACAUUUGAUGAUGAUUCUUCCAUUGAAAAUGAUAAUGAAAUUAAACAAGAUGAAAAUGACCUUCAUGAUGAGGAAGAAGAAGAUGAUGAUUAUACAGAAGAAAAACAUUUACCCCACUUUGAUCAAAACGAAGAUUCCUCCUCAACUGAGAUAUAUGAACUUCAUGAAGAUUCUAAAGAUAGUAGAUUUAGAAACAUACCUAUUAUGGAAACAACUACAAUAAAUGAUCAUCAUCCUACACCAAUACAUAUAAAACCUAAAGUUGAUAAUGUUAAAACAACACCUGGUCCAAUAAAUUACUAUUUACAAGGUAAUGAUAACACCAACAAAGAUGAUGACGAUGGAUGGAUGAUGGUUAAAAAACGUAAUUAUGCCAUUCAUAUUUUGUUAAUUAUGAAAGUUUUAUUAACAUUGAAAAAUAUAGUAAAUUCACAAAGAAAUUUAAAAGUUUUUGGGAGAACUUUUAGUAAUUAUUGUAUUGAUGCUUCAAUAGGAUUAAAUCCUGAAACUAUUGAGAUUCAAAAACUUGCUAAACAAUUUUCACAAGAAAAACUUUAUCCAUUUAGUGGAAUACAAAAUGAAAAAAAAGAAUUACCUAUGGAUGUAUUGAGGGAGGCUGGAGAAAUAGGAUUUGGAGCAAUAUAUUGUAAUUCUGAAUUUGGUGGAACAGGCCUCUCACGUCUUGAUGCUUCUGUUAUUUUUGAACAAUUAGCAAGUGGAUGUAGUUCUACUGCAGCAUAUAUUAGUAUUCAUAAUAUGUGUUCAUGGAUGAUUGAUACAUAUGGAACAAAAGAACAAAAAGAAAAAUAUCUUCCAAAAUUGGCAUCAUUUGAAUGUUUAUCAUCAUACUGUUUAACAGAACCUGGUUCUGGUUCUGAUGCUUCCUCCUUAACAACAUCAGCUAAAAGAGAAGGUGAUUAUUAUAUAGUUAAUGGAUCAAAAGCAUUUAUCAGUGGAGCUGGUGCUAGUGAUGUUUAUAUUGUUAUGAUGAGACAUGAAGGACAACCAGGACCAAAAGGAAUAUUUUCAUUGAUUAUUGAAAAAGAUACUCCUGGAUUUGAAUUAGGUAAAAAUGAAUCAAAACUUGGUUGGUGUACACAUCCAACAAGAAUUAUUUCAUUUGACAAUUGUAAAGUACCAAUCUCAAAUAGAUUGGGAGGUGAAAAUGAGGGAUUUAGUAUUGCUAUGGCAGGAAUAAAUGGUGGAAGAGUUAAUAUUGCAUCAUGUUCAUUAGGUGCAGGUCAUAUGGCUUUAGAUAAUGCUAUAUCUCAUUUACAAGUAAGAAAACAAUUUAAAAAACCAUUAGCUGAUUUUCAAUGGAAUCAAUUUAAGUUAGCUGAAAUGGCAACAAAGUUACAUACCUCAAGAUUAGUUGUACGUGAUGCAGCAAUACAUUUACAAAAUAAUUCAGAACAUAAAGCUGAAUUAUGUGCUAUGGCUAAAUUAUAUGCAACUGAUUCUUGUUUUGAAAUUGUAAAUCAAGCACUUCAAAUGUUUGGAGGAUAUGGUAUUUUAAAAGAUUAUCCAAUUGAGAGAUAUCUAAGAGAUUGUCGUGUUCAUCAAAUUAUUGAAGGAACUAAUGAAAUUAUGAGACUUAUUGUUGCAAGAAAUUUACUUUCUAAUACCAAAUAUUACAACGUUUAA